AUGUCGACCGCCAUAUCCUGCACGAGGGCCGCCGUGCCCCGUGCCACAUUACAAGCCUCGAGAUGUCGACGGUUUGCAAGCACCGAAGCUGUUGCCGUCGAGGCAGCAAAGCCACCGAUUGUGUCCACGCAGCGACUUAAGAAGAUUUCGGAGCCAUUGAACGUCAAGAUGCACCGAAUGCUAUACCCAGAAUACUACGAGAGGGUGGACAAGAAGAGCUGGAUACCCAGACCGGGUGUAAAACUCACGCGUGUGAGGCGGCCAGCGAAGAAGCCAAUUGCCGUCAAGUGGACGCCCACCAUGAGGAACAAGGGCGUGAAUACGGAUUUGAGCCGACAAUUCGGCAUCCCCAUCUUCUCCCACCCAGAGCGCAACAUCAAGAAAACCUGUCCCAACCCCAUCGCCACCGUAACCGCCGGCCAAACCGCCCUCCUCGACCCCUCCAGCGCACGAACCCGCCUCUUCGCAAAAGACAACCCCGAAUGCGCGCGCGUCGGCGACAUCCUGCUUGUGCGCCAACGCACCGGUGACCCCUUCGCUGGGGUAUGCAUCAACAUCCGGCGCCGCGGCAUCGACACGGCGAUCCUUCUGCGCGGCCAGCUCACCCGCGUGGGCGUGGAGAUGUGGUACAAGAUCUACAGUCCGCUGGUGGAGGGCAUCGAGGUUGUGCAGCGCGCGGCGAAGAGGGCGAGACGUGCGCGAUUGACGUACAUGCGCACGGUCAAGCAUGACAGAGGCAAUGUGGAGAAUGUGGUUAGGUUGUAUUUGAGGCAGAAGGCGAGUUUGGGGACGGCCGAGGGCGGGAAGAAGAAGGCUGCGGGCGCGAUAAUGGGCGGGAAGAAGAAGAGCAAGGGACGGGGGAAGAAGAGGUAG